AUGGUUCCUGGCUCUGACGAUGUCCAUCACAAGAUGGAUGAAAUCUCAGCACGGAGUCAUCAUGUUCGUAAAACGGUGAGCCGAAGUCUUCCUCGCACAAAAGCAACCUUCCUGCAGCAUCCAGUUGGGCCAAUCUACGAAUCCCUUCGACCCUCCUCAAACGAAGUGAAAAUCCGUGCGAUGUGUUCCGCUAGUUCUGAUCUUUCAGUAUCCAUUUUCAUACAGAUGUUCCUUGAUUUGUGUUUUAAUUUUUCUCCAUAUUACGUCAAUAUAUUUCUGUCCGCAGCCGGCCCGUAUGUUUCUUUGUAUUACUUUGCUUGGGUAGCCAUUACCGAGGAAGAUCCCAGUCAAUUUAUCCAGCUCCUCGUCCCACAAUUUUGCAUCCGUCAGGCGUAG